AUGAUCUCCUACGAGCGACUCAUAGCGCGCCUACCCACUCUCAGGACUAUUGCCGACCAGGAAUUCCCUGGUGACGAGAAUGAAGAGCGCCGACGCCUCGUCUACUUGGCUACCAAGGUACUGUCGCCCGGUCCGCUCGAACAAUGGCUCCAUGUCAAGAUCAAGGACAUCCACGAGUCCUUCGACGGCCCUGUUCAAGAGGAGCAGGCGCCUGCGCCAAAGAAGCGCAAACUGGCGCCCACAGCAGAAGCCGCACCAGAAAGGUGA